CAACCGCUGUAUAGAAGAAGCAGAAAGCCAAACUUGCUCCUGCCAGGAGGAGUCUCCAAGCAGUCCAUCAUGAUCACUUCGGCGCUCCCUCGAAGAAUGUAUUGAUGAGAUAUUUCCUUUCAGAGAAAUGGUCGACAAAAUCUGAGUCUCUCCACCAGAACAAGGCAAGGGUGCAUCGUUCUAUGCAAUGCACCCUUUGCCUCCCUCGUUCUGAUGACCAUGAAACCAAGCAACAGCCUGCACUUUACUCACUCCCACUCACUGACGAGGGCAGGAUUUGUAUUGGCCACGCUAGUUUCUUCACGAACUUCAGAAUAGUAACAUGUGCUAUUUCUGGGCGGAUGAAUGGCAGCCAUUGCAUGUCUCCUCUUAUGCACAGAAACCUUACAAAUUCAAACCAUAUUCUCCAGGUCCAAGAGCCCGACUUGACACUGACUCUCAAGAAAAAGAAGCCAAUGAAGGCCUCCAGGGCGCGAAAAAAGAAAAACCCAGCGGAGAUAUACUUUGAUGGAGACAAAGAUACUGGAUACAGAACCCGUCCAACCCUGAAGUUCCAGGGAACCACGAUUAAUAUCUUUAUAUUCGCACACGGGCAUGACAGCACCAGCAAAAAUAGCUACCUAGCUAUCCAGUUCUUAAAGGACGUGCGCGGAAGAGAAGGCGCCCUGAUCCGUGUUCCAGAUCCCCCGUCAAUGAAAACACACAACAACUGAUAAACUAAAGUCAUCAUAUAUAUCGCAUGCCGUCGUCGCAGAAUCAGCAAAUAUUGAUGUCUUGCUUCUACAACCUUAGAGAAAGGCAUUCGGACCAUCACGUCAAAUUCUCCAUCGGAAACACGACUCGACAAAUACCCUCAAUAAGUCGACUCAAUAUAACAAUGGAGCUUGGGUUUGUCUCUUGCUGUUUGAUUUAGUGCUGGUAGGGACUUUUCUCAGCGAUGCAGGAAUAA